AAGAGUCAUUAGUGUAACUGUCCGAGCUGAGGUCCUGCUCUCUCUCUCUCGCUCUCUCUCUCUCUCUGUGUCUGUGUGUUAUAUUUAUGUAUAUACUGUGUGUGUGUGAGUGUGUUUAUACAGUGUGUGAGUGUGGGGGGUCGGAAGAGAACGACCAGACCGUAGAAGAAGAAUCUGGUCCGCUAUGGGAGCUGUUCUGGGAGCCUUCUCAUUGGCCAGCUGGGUGCCGUGUCUGUGCAGCAGCGCCACCUGUCUGCUGUGCAGCUGCUGUCCGAGCACCAGGAACUCCACGGUGACCAGGAUCGUGUACGCCUCCAUCCUGCUGCUGGGGACCAUCGUGGCCUGCAUCAUGCUGUCGCCGGGCGUGGACCGCCAGCUGAGGAGGAUCCCCGGGUUCUGUGAGGGCGGCGCCGGCUCUAACGUCCCCGGCCUGCAGGCUGACGUGAACUGUGACAUGUUUGUGGGUUAUAAGGCCGUGUACCGCGUCUGCUUCGCCAUGGCUUUGUGGUUCCUCGCCUUCUGCGUUCUCAUGAUCAACAUCAAGAACAGCAGAGACCCCCGAGCGGUGGUCCACAACGGGUUCUGGUUCUUUAAGUUUGCAGCUCUGGUGGGGAUAACAGUCGGAGCCUUUUACAUCCCUGACGCUCCGUUCACCUACACCUGGUUCAUCAUCGGCUGUGGGGGGGCGUUCUGUUUCAUCCUCAUCCAGCUGGUUCUGCUGGUCGACUUUGCUCACUCCUGGAACGAGUCCUGGGUCAGCAACAUGGAGACGGGCAGCUCGCGGGUCUGGUACUCAGCUCUGCUGGUGGUCACUCUCCUGAACUACAUCCUGUCCUUAGCGGCCGUCGUUCUCUUAUUCGUGUUCUACACGAAGCCUGACGGAUGUUUCAUCAACAAGUUCUUCAUCAGCUUCAACAUGUUGUUCUGCAUCAUCGCCUCAGGCGUCUCUGUGCUGCAAAAAGUCCAGGAGUCUCAGCCUCGCUCAGGUCUGCUGCAGUCCUCCAUCAUCACCCUGUACACCAUGUUUCUCACCUGGUCGGCCAUGACCAACGAGCCAGACCGGGAGUGUAACCCCAACCUCCUGAGUAUCUUCCAGCAAAUAGCGGCCCCCACCCCGCCCCCCCUGGAGAUCGAGAACCAGACCUCGGUGCUGAUUAUCGGCACAGAGGAACCCGUCCUGAGCGCCCCCUACCUGCAGUGGUGGGAUGCGCAGAGCAUCGUGGGACUGGCUAUCUUUGUGCUCUGUAUCAUCUACUCCAGCAUCCGCUCGUCCAGCACCAGCCAGGUGAACAAGCUGACCAUGGCGUCCAAAGACUCGAGCAUGUUGGCGGAGGGCGGCAGCAGCACGGAGCUGUUGGAGGACGUGGCGGGGCCGCGGCGUGCAGAGGACAACGAGCAGGACAUGGUGCAGUACUCGUACUCCUUCUUCCACUUCAUGCUGUUCCUCGCCUCGCUCUACAUCAUGAUGACGCUCACCAACUGGUACAGCCCCGACGCAGACUACACCAUCAGCAGUAAGUGGUCGGCCGUGUGGGUGAAGCUCUCCUCCAGCUGGGUGUGUCUGGCUCUCUACAUCUGGACCCUGCUGGCCCCGCUGAUCCUCACCAACAGAGACUUCAGCUGAUCCUCCUCCUCCUCCUCUUCCAGCAUCGACCAGGAGGAGGUGUUGGUAAACUUCUCAUCAUCAAUGUGGGGAGGUUCUCAGGGGUCUGCUGAACCCCCUUUAGACCACCAUGAAGAGGAGGAGGAGGAGGGAGGGGGAAGGAGCGGGUUAGGUCUGAAGAGGGGGAGUGGUCCUGAUCAGUGCAGCCAUGAUGCCUUCAUGUCGUUCCGACCUGUGUGAUAUUUUAACCUGCAGCUCAAACGAGGCCCAAUGAGAUUAAGACCCUUUUUUAUACGAGCGUGGUCGAGUCCCGGAGACCCGUGGUCGAGUCCCUGAGACCCGUGGUCGAGACCCCGAGACCCGUUUGAGACCCGUGGUCGAGACCCCGAGGUCACAUCAUUCAGUUCAUCAUAAAAACAUUUCUUUAUGAGUCUAAAGUGGUCGAUGUCUUUAUUGUUUACGCUUCUCUGGAUGUUGAUCAAUAAUAAUCAUGAUGUUUGUAAAGUUUUUGGCCUUUGAUCCUCUUAAACACGUCCAGAGUUUAAAGGUCGUUAUCUUCAGCUGUGAAUCUGAUCGACCUCAAACUGAAGGAGCGUCCAUGUUGACCACACGAUAAUAUUUAUGUUUAUAUCAAAGUUGAAAAUGAUUUUAUUUCUGUGAUUAAUUCAGGAUGUUUCUGCUCGCUUCUGUAACAACGCUGUCACUAAGCUCUGCCCUCAUCAGGUCACUUUUGAAUAAAAGAGUCUGAAAAGACUUCCUGUUUGUGUUUU